AUCGACAAGAUGUCUCCUAAAGCAAUUGUGUUCUUUGCUCUCCUCACGGUGGCUUUCGCUGGUCCGGCAAUAUUUCAGAAACCUCAUCUAGGUUUUCGAUUGCCGAUCUUGCCGCAAAUAGUUGGAGGCAGCGAAGCUCCAAAAAAUGGUUAUCCUUUCAUUGUCUCUCUGCAGCAAUAUGAUAGCCAUUUUUGCGCCGGAUCGAUUUUAAACAACCAGUGGGUCGUGACCGCAGGACACUGCAUUUUCGGUCCUUUCACCGUCAAGGCUGGAAAACACGACAUUCAAAGCAAUGAGGAUACCGAGCAAAUAGUUCAAGUUGCAAAUACUUUCGUGCAUGAAAAAUAUGAUGGUGAUGUUGGCCCAUAUGAUAUUGCAUUGGUUAAGCUUGAAACUCCAUUAAAAUAUACAAAUGCAGUACAACCCAUCAAGUUGCCAGAACCUGGAAGUACUCCGACUGGAGAUGCAAUUCUUUGCGGAUGGGGCUCUAUCUCGGAAAGCUGGAUUCCUGACAUGCCAAAUAAACUUCAACAUAUUAAUUUGCCUUACGUCGAUCUUGACGUGUGUGACAAAGCUGUCGAGGAUCUAACAGGAUCUUCUCCCGUUCAUGAGACCAAUGUCUGUACUGGACCAUUGAGCGGUGGAAUCUCUGCAUGCAGCGGUGAUUCUGGCGGACCUCUAAUCUCGGUUGAUAAAGGAGAACCGGUACUUACUGGAAUAGUGUCUUGGGGUAUUAUUCCGUGUGGUUCUCGCGGUGCACCAUCCGUUUACACUGGAGUAUCCCACUAUAAUUCAUGGAUUCAGGAUAUAAUGGACAAAAACUAA